GCUGCCAAUCGGCGCGCCUCUACCAACGCCCCUUAAAGGCGCCGCCACCGCCUCUGGAGCGCCCGGCGAACCAAUUCCUCGGUUCCGGCCCCCACCUGCAGUAUGGAGUCGCCUCGGGGGCGGCCCGGGCCCGAGGCCGACCUUCUGGCUCCAGCGGAACAGCAGGCCGCGAUCUUAGGCGGCGGGCCAGGCCGAACGUCCUCUGAGCCGCCGUCAGGCCUCCGAGUGUACGGGAAGGAAGAGGCCGAGAACGUUGGGGGCGCGAGCCGCCGCCACAGGGCGUCCCCGAAGUCUUCGAGCUGCGGCGUUGUCCACCGGCCGGCCCAGGAGGCUCGGGAAGACGAGCCUGGGCCCCACGGGACGCUGUCUGGGCCCGGGAGCCGCCGGGGGACGCCAGGUGCCGAGCACGACCCGCCCCUGUCCUCCUGGCACAAAGACCCUGAGCCGCCCGAGGACGCGCCUGAGUCUGAGAGGGUCUGCCGUCGAGGGAGCCCGGGAAGCGACGGGAUGAAUGUUGAGCAGCAGCAGGAAGAGGAAGACAACGACGAGGAGGCGGCGGCGGCGGCUGGCAGGGCCGGCCGCUCGUUCUCUAGUCGCCUUCAGGACAGCCGCAGCCUGGACGGGCUCAGCGGGGCGUGCGGCGGCGCCGGGUCCGCAGGGAGUGCGGAAUCCGGAGCCGGCGGCGGACGCCGGGCCACCAUCUCCAGCCCCCUGGAGCUGGAGGGUACAGUGAGCCGCCACGGCGACCUCACCCACUUUGUCGCCAACAACCUGCAACUCAAGAUCCGUCUGAGUGGCGUCCCUACACCCCUGCCCCCUGCCCCUGCGCGGCCCUGCCCAGCGCCUGCAGCCACACCCACACCAGUCAUCCCGCCCAUCGACCCCGACGUGCUGCGGGAUCUGGAGCGGCUGAGUCGGGAGCUGGGCGGCCGAGUGGACCGUCUGCUUCGCGGGUUGGGUGGCGCGGUGCAGGAGCUGACCGCGCUGAGCGUGGGCUGCAUUCAGACCUACCGCGACGCCGUGGACUCCUUAGGAGAAGCCGUGGACAUGAGCAUCAAGGGCAUGUACACCCUGCUGGCGCGCUGCGAGGAGCUGGAGCGGGCUCUGCAGCCGGUUCAGGGGCUGGCGCGCCAAGUCCGGGAUAUCCGACGCACUCUGGAGGUGUUGGAGGCCCUGUGCAAGUGACUAGGGGGGCAGGAGAGGCCGGGCUGGCCAGGCCAGGUCCAGCAGGACCCUAAGGACUCUUCAAGGAGCCCCAUGGGAACUGCUGGCUGAGGGAGGCCUAUGUGUUGGAGGCUCACCCAGAUGCGUUUAGCUGGCCGGUGUCCUCUCUGGGCCUUAGGCCGGUGUUUAUGGGGAAGUUCUAAGGCUGUCCUGGUAGGAAGGGAUGCUGCUCUGCUUCUAUUCAGGUGGCCAUCUGCAGCUAACCUGUUCUUUCCAACUCUCCUCCCUAACCAGAGCACCAUCCCUGGAAACAAAGGGCUUUAGGACUUGGCUUGAAGGUGAAGACGUGAUUCCCAUAUGUGAUCAAGAUAAGGGAACAGAGAAGGACCCAGCCCCCACUGUGGCCAUCCUGACUCCAAAGGCCACAUCUCAGGUGCCAGGGGCUGGGGGAGCUUGAGUAGUCCUCGGCCAAAUACCAUGCAGGCAAGGAUGGACACCUAGAGAUGGAUAACCUCCUGCUUCUGCCCUCUGGCCUCUACCAUACCACUUUCCCAGCCGGAACCGGGGUGGAGCUGGGAGGAAUGCAUCGCAUGGUGGAGGGGGUGAGGUGGGAGGUAUCCCACUGCUCUCAGGGUUCAGGUAGAAUUGUUGCUGGUUUUGAAGCCCACCUGUUGUGGAGUGUUCUAAUCAGUUUUGGCUUUCUGAGUUUCUGUGGAAUUAAAGUGCUGCUGCUGCUAA